AUUUCACUAGGGAUCCCAGACUGAAAUUAAGUAACAUUUUUAUGGUGUACCUCGUAUCUGUGUGUAGCAGUGUAGGCCCUACGUGUUUUAAGAAAUUUAUUUUGGUUCUUUGGCUCACAUUGGUUCAGUUUUGGCGAGAGACAGUCUUGAAGAAUGUACACAAUUUACCGAACAUCGCAGAUGGCGACCAGCCUGGGAUCUGCGCAGAUUGCUUCUCGCGGAAUUCAGCUUUGCUGUCGUAGCAUGGGCUGUCUGAUGACUCAAUCAGGAGGAAAGCACCAUACAACGUGCAGCUCAAACUCAGAGUUAACAUACUCCAGAUGGGCGUACCUGAGAAGGGGGAGGGACAGUCAGCUGAACCAAGUCCAGAGACAUGUCAGCACCGGUCAACCUAACCUGGCUUUAGUCCGAAGGAGUGCAGUACUUCCCGAAAGUAAACCGACUCCCUUCAAACGAUUGAUGGAGAAAGCUGGAAUCCCAGUACAGAUGAGAUACAACAGAUUUAAAAUCAGAGUAGCUGGUCUCAACCUCUAUACAUCUUGUGUUGACAAUAUUGACUGUCACACUUUCUUCCGCGCAUGUGGAAUGCCGGACACCUUAUUCUCAUGGUUCCUAGUCACAGAGCUUCAUGUAUGGAUGUGUAUGGUGCGUUUGAAGCAGGAAGGACAAGAAGGAAAGUACAUGGUGCAUUACCUCAUCAUGUCCAUGUGGCAUGACAUUCAAGAGAGAGGUCGGGUCAUGGGGAUUCCUUCCAUCAAAAUGAAGGAGAGCUUGUCCAAGAUGGUUGAACAAUUCAAUGCAGCAUUGUUUGGUUAUGAUGAGGGUCUGCUUUCCAACGAUAGUGUUCUAGCCGGUGCACUCUGGCGGAAUCUUUUUGUAAGGCGGGACAUUGAACCAGAGCAGCUUGCAGACAUGGUGGAGUACAUCAGGCAACAGGUACAGUAUUUGGAAACGCUGGACUCUGCUCAACUGCUUCAAGUGGGACGGAUAAAAUGGCGGCCGUUUAAAGGGAUAGUCCCAGACAAGUCAGUUGCACUACCGAAAGCCAGCAGCAUUGAGGAGGAACUUGAUAUCCCUGAAGUUGACAAGAUUGGAGCUCAGUAGGACACAGCUGUGCCACUGUGAGGGUCAAACUUUGAAAAAAUCACUUGGUCUCAAGAGAUCGUUUUGACAUGUAGUGAUGUUUUGUAAACAUCGGAGUGGCAAUGCACAGCAUUAUUAUGAUUUAAAUUGCUGGGUGCCUUUCAUCCUCUACAACACGCCACAGAAUCUGUGAACCAUGCCUUCAGGAACAAGACCAAGAUGGCUGCUAGUUAUAUCAAGAAAGGAGCUUGACAAAUCCAGGAUGUGGUUAGUUGCCAAUGAGCCGCCUGUGGCUCAGCUUUAUUUCAGUACAGCAGUGUCCUUGUUGAUUUUAAAAAGUGACCAUGUGAUCGUCAUGUGAUAAAGAGCUUGGUAACCAUCAGAGGUGCUUGUCUGCUAAGUAGCGUGGAGACAGGCCACCUUUGGGUGCAAGUCUUGGUGAUACAUGACCACUGUUUUAUCCUAUUAAAGGGAAUCCCCUCGUGUUAUACAAAGUGCUGAAGUUCAUUUGUCCCAAAAGUUUGCAAGUUAGUGGAAGUUUAAUUACAUGUAACCCUAAUUCUGUGGUUUAGUUGAACAUCAAGUUGAAAUCGGAGGGUUAAGCCCUGUUAGUGUUAGGGCUUGUGCUUUCACGACUCAGCUCUGCUGUCACAUUAUUAUUCGGUGUGACCUUUCCCAAGCUGCAGCUACACUUGAUCGAGAACAUGAAAUAUGCAAACCAAUGAAGGUGUGCACGAUGAACUUCACUUGACAUUAAAUAUUCUAUUGGCAUCUCGUUGCAAAGCGUAUUAAUUAUUAAGUCACUAAAUAUUUACUCGAUGCAUUUGCUCUGUCCCUGCUGACAGAAAAAUUCACUCACAUCAUAGCUUCAAUGCAUACUGAGUGAGACUGGUCAAAAUGUAACAGUGGAUUUUACAAGAAUAUAUUUGUCCCAGAUGUGAGCCCGGACUGGUAGUAGAAAUGGUGAACUGUCUUGUACAAAAUGUCACAAGUCUUGCACUGCUAGGUUUGGGUCAGCUACAGGUGUACACGUACAUGUAUAUCAAGUACAUUUACAGCUUCUGAUAUAAGGCAUCGCCUUACGAUUGGACAAUUUUUCAAACUUGCGCACCCAUAAGUACUGUGUGCUAGGAUUCGUAAAUAAAGGACUCAUUCAUUUUAACGGAUAUUGAAAGCUGUUAUUUCUGCCCUGUUUGUCCAUUCAAAGAACCAGAAAGUACAGCACAAAAGAUGCCAGACUAUGAUC